AUGUUCGAGUCUAUCCUCGAGUGCAUCUUCGGCACGCUGGCAAACAGGCCAUCCUCUCCUACCGACUCCCGAUCACCCGAGUCCGUCGCUUCCGAUAUUGUCACCAAAAUUCUCAAUGCUGAUUCCCGCGAUUCACUCGAAAAACAGAUGAAGGAGGUGAUUUCCACCAAGGGUUGGUCGGACGCUAUAGCACGGGCCAUGCUCCAGGGCCUAGAGAAUGCAAUUAUGACCGGUGCGGAGAUGGCACGGGCAGCAACUGAUGCUGUUGCCCAAAGCAGAGAGGCUGCCACCGAAUUUGCAACGGUACAUCCUAUUUACGCUACACUGCUUGCAUUAGGUGUGUUGGCAAUAUUAACACCGUGGGCUCUGGAGAUCCUCGGUUUUGGGGAACUUGGCCCAAUUGAGGGCUCAUUCGCGGCCGCAUGGCAGAGAAGAUAUGUUGGCUAUGUCCCUAAGAAAGCUUUGUUUGGCUACUUCCAGAGGCUAGGGAUGAAGUGGCACUGGACUCUUUGA